CCAACAGCACGCAUGCCCCGGUCACCAUCGUUGCAUUCCUGGUCGCGGGAAUUUUGCUGCCUUGUUGUCCUCCUACACCAGGUAUGAACGUCGGACAUUCUGUACUGCACUUGUACCCCGUUCUUGAUUCUUGAGACUCCAUAGUCCGCCAGUGCACCAGGCUGAUGAGCUAUCGAAGCUGGUACAUUAUAAGAGCUUAGUGUGAUGUUCAUGAACGAUAGCCCCUUUCAAUCUUUUAGUACUGGAUCGCUUCAUUUCAUUUCAUAGAUGUCGAGCAACAAUGCUGCGUUGAGAUCACCGUCACCACCUCUGACUCUCAGCCGGACACCGUCAUUAUUGCUUCCAAAUCUUCAAGCACUACCAGUAGACCAGUCGGAAUCAGAACUAUACCAACAUGGCACGCCGCCGCCUCCACCACCACCACCAUUAUUCUUCCUAUCGCCUAAAGGUAGCGAAUCCGUGCAAUGGUAUCCUGCUCCAGCAUAUGGAGUCCACCCACCUUCCCAUGCCGUCUGGUCGCAUAGAUCUGGUCCAUCCAAAUCUGCUGAGAGUCCCACCGCUGGUAAAAUUGCCAAAAUCUUAAUCCAAUGGGACGAGGUCAAACUUCUUCGCGAAGAGGUCCUCAAAGAACGUGUUCGCGAAGGACAAUAUUUAGAGUCGAUGGCACGCUUGCGCCGGCAUGCACAGGAUGCUAGAGCCGAUUUGAUGAAAAUGUUAAAUGCAGCAGCAGCUCAGGGCAAUUUUGAGGCCUGUUCAAAGGCAUUGAAAGAAGUCUCGGAAAGAGUGAUGCGCGCCGAGGAAGCUCUCAAUCUGCUAGAACAGGAACGGGCAGAGUUUAGCAAGAUCAAUUUUGGACUGCAUGAUAGGCUAUAUGAGAAAGACAUGGUCUUGCAGAAUUAUCUGGAUUCUAUGCAUCGCGACCAGUCCUCAGUUCCGGUACCCCACUCCGACGAUUCUACAGCUUUUUCCAGCGAAUCCGGAUUCGUCAUGCCAACUGAGAGCCUUCUUGUCCAGCUUUAUGAAUGUACCGCAGAAUACAAGGUGAUCAAAGCACGCAUCGAUCAACUACGCGACGACCACGAGGUCAAUCUCGAAUUUAGAAGAAGGCAUGAGACGGCUGGUCAAAUGCUCCAGAUCUCAGAUGGCGCGUUCUUCGAUGAGUUCUUUACUAAGUACUCUACCUUGCGGAGAGAGCUUCACAGAUUAUGGAAGAAAAUUCGUCGGAUUCAAAGUCUGUGUGAUCAAAAAGCAUUUGUCUCUUUGGCUGAGAGCGUGAGCGAGUUAUCUGCGGCUACGUCCUCUGUGCCAUCAGAUGAUGGAGAAAUAGUACUCGCGGACGACCUUAUAGAUGAGAAAAGGCAGGUCGAGGAACAAUAUCCUGGGCUCUUUCUAAAACCCGGAGACAAAAUACUGUCAAAUUUUCGGGGCAAAACGGACCGAAUCAAUCGAUGGUUGAUGCAUGUUUUCCGGUUGUCCAGUAUCGAAAUAUGGAGACAUCGUUCGAGAACAAGCUUACCAGACCUGCCCUUAGAGACUGAUGAAGCAUGGUCUUCGAAGGUUUGGAGUACAUGGUCCAUUGCAAACUCUAGCGCGGAAUCUAUCGCCUCCGUGACAACGCAGAUGUCGGAAAGUAUUACAAGACCGCAUGCGAGUAUCAGUUCCCUUCGCAUUCCUUUACUUUGGGUCAUCUUCUAUUUGGCCAAGUCAUGUAUGAGUGGCAUUCCUACUUUGUUCGAGCGAGUAUACCAGUCUUUCUAUUAG